GGUCUUAAAAAAGCACUUAUCAAGAGAGAGCUCAUAUAUAAAAUAUUCGAAGACUGUGUUUUAGAGGAAAAAGAGGAUCAACCACAAACCGCACAAUUCCUCCGAAGUUACAGACAUUGA